AUGGGUGCUGCAUGUUGCAAGCAAGCCAAUAUAAAUACGAUAUUACGCAGAAGCGACACAGGGUCCACAGAAUUGGACGAUACUACUCUAGGAAAGGACAAAGAAAUGACGAUUAACCCUGCUAUGUACAUUAACAAAACAUUUGCCACUCUAUCAGACAAAUAUCACCGGGUUAGUAAGAUUGGGUCGGGGGCUUAUGGCCAAGUAGUAUUAUGCCGUGACAAAGUGACAGGGAUCGAAAAAGCUGUAAAGAUUAUACGUAAGUCUGAUACCCUGGAAAUUUGCUCUGACAAACUAAUUGAUGAAGUGGAGUUGUUAAAAUCUCUGGAUCAUCCAAAUAUUGCCAAAUUAUACGAGUUCUUUGAAGACUCUAGAAAGUAUUAUUUGGUUAUGGAUCAUUACAAAGGCGGUGAACUCUUUGAUGAAAUUAUCCGCAGGCAAAAAUUUUCUGAACAUGAUGCUGCUGUUAUCAUGAAACAGAUACUUAGCGGGGUGUUGUAUUUACAUAAUAACAAUAUAGUACAUCGUGAUUUGAAACCUGAAAAUCUGUUACUAGAGUCCAACAAACCUGAUUCGUUGAUUAAGAUUGUAGACUUCGGAUUAUCUGCACAUUUCAAUGGUAGUAGAAUGAUGGAAAGACUGGGAACUCCAUACUAUAUUGCCCCCGAGGUACUGAAAAAAUGCUAUGAUGAGAAAUGUGAUAUCUGGUCUUGUGGUGUAAUUCUGUAUAUAUUAUUAUGUGGUUAUCCGCCUUUUGGCGGGCAAACUGAUGAGGAAAUUCUUUUUAAAGUGGAGAGGGGUAAAUGUGUUUUCGACAUGAACGAUUGGUGUAAAGUGUCGGAGGAGGUUAGAUCUCUGGUCAAAGCAAUGCUUACAUAUGAUCCAGCCAAAAGAAUAUCCGCAAAAGAAGCUCUAAUGCACCCAUGGUUUAAGAAUUUUUCCUGCAACGAAAUGUCAGUGUCCAGUAGUGUGCUUAAUAAUGCAUUGUCAAACAUGAAGAAAUUUCAGGCCUCCCAAAAACUUGCCGGUGCAGCACUCUACUUUAUUGCCAACAAAUUGACUACCCUUGAUGAAACUAACCAGCUUACCCGUAUUUUCCACGAACUUGAUACUGAUGGGAAUGGUAGAUUGGAUAGGAAUGAAUUGAUCCUGGGGUACAGCAAAUUGAUGGCAGAAAUGGGGUCUUCAUCUGAUGAUAUCGAAAGGGAUGUGGAUGAAAUUCUAUCUGCAGUGGAUCUGGAUAACAAUGGUUAUAUGGAUUAUUCAGAGUUCGUCGUUGCCUGCAUGGACAAAUCUAUGUUGUUGUCUAGGGAAAGGAUGCAGAUUGCCUUUAAUCUCUUUGACACGGAUAACUCGGGUACUAUAUCUAAAUCAGAGUUGGCAAAGAUUUUCGGGCUCUCGUCGAUCGACGAUUGUAUAUGGAAUGAAAUUCUGUCGACUACAGAUGAGAACAACGACGGAGAGGUCGACUUUGAGGAAUUUGAAAAAAUGAUGCAUCGAAUUUGCAAAAUACAAACCGUGGCAGCAUAA